GUGAACAUCAUAUUUAUAUGACUCGACCUGUUCCAGCGACAAUUAGAUAAAAGAUCAUCCAGCUUUUUCUAUGCCACCUCGUAUCCUCAUUUGCGGCGAGAUUGUCUGGGCUGACGAUGAUGUGAAGGAACUCCUUGAACCGAUAGCUGAAGUCAUCUACUACAAUUCCAAGGACCGUGCCGAGUUUCUCGAUGGAUUCAAGCAGGGAGGGCCUUACGACGGAGUGGUGGGCAUAUUCCGAGACAAUAUGAGUGCUAAGCGAGUAGGCUUCUUCGAUAAGGAACUCAUUGACGAAUUUCCCCCAUCUCUGAAGUGGAUCGCUCAUAAUGGUGCCGGGUACGAUCAAAUCGACGCUCACGCUUGCAAAGCGAAGGGGAUCAUGUUGUCGAAUACCCCCGGCGCUGUUGACGAUUCGAGCGCAACGACUGCUCUGUUUCUCUUGAUAUCCGCUGUCCGCCAGUUCUCUGUCGCAGAACGUUCAUUGCGGGACGGCAAAUGGAAACCGCCGGAUCUGGCUGCCAAAAGCCACGAUCUCACUGGCCGUACCCUCGCGAUUUUGGGACUGGGCGGUAUCGGUCUACGAUUGGCAGAACUGGCGCAUGCGUUCCCUAUGCGCAUCAUCUAUCAUUCGCGUCAUCGAGUUGCUCACGCGCCCGAAUGGUGCGAGUACAUGGCUGAUGUGGAUGAUCUGCUCAAGCAGGCUGAUGUCCUGAGCGUACAUGUCCCUCUCCGUGAUGAGACGGUGGGCCUCGUUGGAGAACAGUGGAUCCGCACGUUGAAACGGGGUGCUAUCAUCAUCAAUACAGCUCGAGGCAAGGUCAUCGACGAGGAGGCGAUGAUUCGAGCGCUGGAGGAUGGUCAUCUUGCUGCAGUGGGGUUAGAUGUGUUCCCCAACGAACCGGAGGUCAACCCGAGACUCCUCGAGUUCCCCAACCUCACUCUCCUCCCGCACAUGGGUACAGAAACUCAAGACUCUCAACGCAAGAUGGAAGUCCGUGCUCUAACGAACUUGAAGGACUUCCUUACUGCUGGUGCAGGAAAAGAUCUUGUGAUCGAGAUGAAAUAAUCAAUCCCCAUGUCCUGGUGGGUGGUCGUCAUUCCUCGCGGAUGAAGUACAUAAAUGAUAAGUUACACGUAUGUCCUUGUCAGUGCUUGUGUGAAGCCGCGAGACCGAUCGCUCCAGUCGCAGCGGCGUCAUCCACGAAUUCAACGUAUUUGAAGAUGUGUCCUUUCUCCUUCAAAGCAUCGAGAAUGAGCGUUCGAUAGGCCUCAAUCCCGGCAAGAGAUCCUCCAAAGCACACGACAGCCUCAUUCGCCCGGACCAGCUUGGGUCUGGAGGCGGUCUUUUCGCCCAGAAGCACAGCUAUUUGAGACGCGAUGGUCUCCGAAGUCGUGCGCAGCACUUGGAGAGCCAGAGGGUCCGAGUCCUCAAAGGCCGAUUGGAACACUAUGGGUGCAAGAGACGACAGCCGUUUUUCGCGCACCAUAGAGAAAUGAGGCAAAGAGCUUGGUGCGAAUAGAGACGCAGCCGGGUCUGGCAUGUGUACUGGCACCAGGACAUCGAGAACUUCGGAAAGGCCGAAGCGUUCCAGAAUACGCUCAGUCAUUAUGCUGUUCGGCGGAGGUGCGUCUGUGACAGAGGCACAAUCUGUCGCAGCAACCAUCUGCCGAACCGCCUCCCGUCCGACAUGGAAUCCUCCACCUUCGUCGCCCAAAAUCCAGCCCCAGCCGCCUAUCCGCCCCAGCUGAUCGAAUCCGGACUCUGUCUCUAUGAAAGAGACAGCGAUGGAUCCGGUCCCGCAGAUGACCCCUACGGCAUGAUGUACAUCGGCAUACAGCCGGACAGGAGCAGCAAGAAGAUGCGUAUCAUUGGCAACAGAUAGACGGGGACCAGCUGGUAAGCCAAGCAAGUCGGAGAGUAUGGGGGUGAUUUCUGCCAUGGCUGUUGGAGAAUCUAGGCCCGAAACACCGAACCAAGCAGCCGCGAAUGGCGUCUCGCCUACUGGAGGCAAGGGAACGGGGUCGACAGACGGAGGAGACACACAAGACUUGAGAGCAUCGCUGACAGUCAGGCGGACUGCAGUGAUGUAGUCCUCAGCGCUGAGCGUUGCUAAUCACAGCGGACGUCUUCGAGCCUCCACAAUCGACGCAAAGAUAGAGGGACAUGAUAGUAGAGUCGGAGAUGGAAGCUUUAUCGAUGGGAGAAUCAUGAACCCAUACAUGAAUCGGGUCGUGAUAAACAAUGCCAAACAGGGAAACACUAUAUAAUACCUCACCUAUCGUUCAAAUUUUCCUUAGUGCGGCGGCACGGCCAUCCAUUUUCCCCAUUGUUGCUCAUGCCUGCCAAUUUCUACGCGGGCGUUCGAGUGUCAGGCCGUGUCCCGAACAAAAGGACAUCUUAGCACCCAUUUCGUCGUCUGUAUUCCCAGGAUCGACGAGGGUCGGUAGUUCGAAUAUUUCCUGCAUUGUCCGUAGAAUCAAACUUCAAUGGCUCUAAGCGCUCAAAUCUUAUAUUUUAUUCUCC